AUGCUCUUCUGGCUCGUGCUGGCAUUGCAGUGGGCGCUACUAGUCCGACAAUGCAGAACAAGCGGCACUUCGCUCCCGGCCGCGCUUGACCUCCCCUUCCUCGCCGCUCUCCUCGCAUCGGUUCUCUGGCAGGGACGACGGGAAGGCUGGAUAUGGACGAGUGCGCUCGCGCUGUGCUCAAGUGCGCUGGCAUACGGGGUCAGGACGAAGCACGUGGCUCGACUGAGGAGGCAUGAAGCGAAGCCGCAGGCGCCGAAAGACGCUUCGAAGAGUUCAGUCGUCUAUCGCUACAAGAUGUUGCCGGCUGAAUGCGACGAGCACGGUCGCGUCUAUGGCGGCGAGCUCCUCAAACUUAUCGACGUCUCGGCAGGUCUCGUUGCAGCCAAGCACGCAGGCGGUCCUUGCUUGACCAUCAGCGCGGAUCGCGUUAUCUUCCUCGAGGAGAUUCGGGUCGGAGACGUGAUCUCGCUCUCGAGUGCGGUCAACAGGGCUUGGGGGAGCUCGAUGGAGAUUGGCGUUCGAGUAAUGCGCCAAUCCCGCACCGACCCGCUCGGCCCCGAAACGUACUGCUCGCACGCGUACCUCACCUUCGUCGCCAAGCCCUCUCCACCGCCUCCUCCCGGCUCCUUCCUGUCCUUGACCGACGCCAUCGGCCUCACUCGCCCGCCCAAACCCCGCCGCGCCCAACUCCCCGAACUCAAGCCCUCCUCCCUCCUCGAACAGAAACGCUACCUCCUCGCAGGCCGUCGUCGCGCGCACCGCAUCAAACAAGCGAAGGAGAACGACCGGCGAAACUCUGCGUUCCGCGAGCAGGUCUACGCAAUCGAGCGCGAGUCGAGGCAGGGCGCUGCAGCGGCUGUGGACGAGCAAUUCGCGGACCGCGCGGCGUUGUUGGGUCAGUUGCAGGUCGAGUUGUUGAGUGAGAUGUUCAUGCGGGGCGAGUCGGAUGUCCGAGUCGACGGCGACGAGAUUAUUGGCGAGAUUGAGGGAUUCGUCGAGCCUGUCCGCGUCAAGAAGGCGCUUGUCGACCGGGCGGUACUCGCGAAGGGCCACGGCGGGUGGCACAAGAUCUCGCUCGCGACGGACGAAGACAUCGACCGUGCGGCGGGGCAUACGACGCGCGUCUCGCUCGACCCGCACGUACAGGCCGCCGCCUCGAUCGUCUCGUCCGUCCCGUUCGAGGCGACGCUGUCGAUGGGCUUGUGGAUCGUCAGGCCACAGCAUUGCAACUCAAAGUCGAUCUUGUUCGGCGGGACCCUGAUGCGCUGGGUCGAAGAAGUCUCCACCAUCGCCGCUCGCCGCGUCUACCCUACCGCAUCCUGGUCAAGCGCCGCCAUCGACUCGUUGACGUUCAAGACGGCCGUCCAGCCGGGCGAGGUCGUCUAUGUUAGGGCGGCGGUGAUCAAGGUCUUUGAUUCGUCGCUUGAGGUGGCGGCUGUCGUUACUUGCGAGGAUCGCAAUUCGCCCAGCCCGAAAAUCCGCGAGGUCUCCGAAUCCUUCUUCACGCUCGUCGCCAUGGACCCCUCCUCCGGCCGCCCGCUCAAAGGCGUCCUCCGACACGUCGAGCUGCCUCCCUCCGGUCCCGUCACCGAACUUGCCUCGCUCGCGCAAAAGCGCAGGGACGACAGGUUGCUCGAUAAGCGGAUACUGCAGAGGGUCUAUGCAUGA